GUAAAUAUGUUGAAAUAAUUUUAUGUAUUGGUUUAGAUAGAGAUUAAACUCAGAGUUGUAUAAAAUAUUCACAGGGUGAUUUCCAAAGAAAUUUUAUGAGGUUUCAGAUCAUAAAUUUCUAUCUCCAGUAGAAUUCAGAGUAUAUUCUGCAAAUGAAGGUGAAAUGUAUAGCCUGAAGUAUCAGAUUUAUUCUUAAUAUGUAAGGUGCAGGCUUUGACAACUGAUAGCGGUCCCUGCGUCAGCCUGAUUGAGAUUUGGUUGAGGAACACUGUAAGGUUCUAAAAGCUGCAGGUCAGCUGUCACAAGUGCGGUGGAAAGAUAUUCUCAAAGAUACAUGGAUGUCUGUGUAAAAAACAUAGUGCUACCACAAUUUUUAUAGUUCAUUAUGGAUAAUGUCUUAUCUUCCAAUUCCAAUUUUAGAUUCUGCCUCAGAGGAAAUAUGGUCUAGUUAUGGUAGUCAGGAGACUUGGGUUAUAUUCUUCAGUCUGUCACUAGCUUGCUACAUAACCUUGGAAAGUCACUUUAUUUAUCUAUAACUUAAUUUCCACAUAUAUAAAAUGGGAAUAUUCCCUACCUUUGGAAAGUACUUUGAGAUCUUCAGCUAAAAGAUCAAAAUGAGUCUUCUGAUAGUCUGCCUUGCCUUCAUCAGUUCCAGCGAGCACUUGAAUCCUGCCCUCGCUAAUAUCUGUGAACUCCAGAAGAAUCUACAUAAGAGCAAAGUAUUGCUAUGCACCCAGUCCUGCAUGACUCCAUCCAAAUGGCUUCAUUUCAGAGGUUGGCAAGAUUCCUGGAUUUGUGAUACCCUAGAAGAAAUGCCUUUCUAAAGCUACAAAUCCAUUUCUUUGAUUGGACAGAAGUAAUUUCUGAAGUGACCCAUAAUGUCCACAAGUAAUAAGUGAAGGCAUGAGGCUUUCUCCAAAACAUAAAAUUUCAUAAAAUUUUUCCCAAAAUGGGAGAUGUGUCUCUUCUCCAGCAGCUGCAUAGGGAUGUGCUGGUAGGCACUCCUUUAACAAAGAACAGCCAGGAUUAUGCUGCUUUCCUCAAUCCGCAUGUUUCACCACAAGAUUCAUCCACAAGAGUUAAUGAGUCACAUAAUCAAAUAUGCCCAGAAUCUCCGAACUGGGGCACUUGGAGCCAUCAGGACUCUGCUGUUUCAGAUGCUCUUGCCCUUGUGACAGAUGAUAAAUCGGAUAGCUUUGCAAACACGAGCUCUUCAAUGUUCUGUUCCCGGGAAAUGAUACUGCUACAGUUAACAUUGAUCAAGAUGAUGAUUGCCAAAGUACAGUCCCAGGAAACUGAAUUCAGCAUAAGACAGAAGUACCUUGAUAUAAUAACAAUUCUUCUGAAAGAGACAAAAAUUGAUUCAAAAUUAAUUUGUCUAUGCAAUAGUUCUGAUAAACUAUUGUCUCACAUGGCUUCAAAAAGUAUAGCCUCCCUUAUAUAUUUCCAACUAAAGAAAGAGAAUACAUUUAAUGUCACCUGGCUCACUUUUUGUUUGAAGACUCUGUCAGAAUUCCCUAAGAGUGAUCAAGUAGCAGAAUGUCUAUGGAUUCUUAGAGCUAUUAUUAGAGACAUUUUGAAAGAUAAAGAUUUGCACAAAGCAGAUAUCCUGAAAAAGGUUUUCACUCCUCUUGAUACUGUACUUGAAGGAUUUUACAAUUCCAUUUUGUCUCGUCGUUUUAACAGCUUCCAGGAUACUUCACUGUAUUCUAAAGCUGCAAACAACUUGAUCGGAUUCAUAGAUUUUCUUGAAGUUCUUGUGGCCUCAAGAAUCCAAAUAGAGUCACAUUUCAAAUGCCAAAGAAUUUUAUUUUUGAAUACUUCUUGCAUCUUGGACCUCACUUAUUCAUCAGUUCAUUAUUUAAUCAAGAAGAAGUCCAUUAUGCUCCUUAAAAAAUGCAUCCUUUAUAAAGCUGGUGAAGAUUUCAUAAGUGGAUCAUUACCCACUUUAUCCCUACAGGAUCCUUAUUUGGAUAAGGAUAUGUUAGCGCUGGCUAAUGUUGUUUUGCAAGCUGUGAAUUUGGGGUGGCUGAAUCAAAUACCUGUUUCUGAAAAAGCCAGCUAUUUUGGAGGCAGUGAAGCCCAACCUGAGGAUGGCAUCCGCAGUGGUCCUGACCAAGUAAUCCUCAGAGCCUUAAGUUUGGUUUUACUUAAAGCUUUAGAGAUCAAGGUGCAGAACUCUACUAAAGCAGCUGAAAUAAAAGCAGACUUGCAGAGUUUCAUGUCCCGGUUAUUGAUAUUCUUGAAGAAACAGCUGAAGUCUUCUCCACAUUUUCAUUCAAAUGUACAUCCUUGUGAGUGGCUUUCCAUGGUCUUUAUAGAACAAGAUGAUGACAUGCUGGAAGCUGCUAAAUCUUUGUUAACGGUUUAUUUAAAGUUUGAUAGGUUAUGGCAUGAUGCUGCUGAUAACUUGUGCCUUGCAGCAGAAGACGACGAAACCUGGGUCUGCCUGACACAUGAGAGUGGCUGUAAUCCUCACUGUAUCUUUUUAUUUUUCCUAAAAAGUAUUGCGUUUGAUUCCACAGUUCUUCUUGACUUUUUGAUUUCAUCAGAAACCUGCUUCCUUGAGUAUUUUGUAAGAUAUUUAAAACUUCUUAGAGAAGACUGGCAUCGUUUUGUCAACAUCUCUAACUGCUUUGAUAUUGCGUCUAAAAGAGGUGUGUGUGUUUCUUUUGUCACUUCAUCCCACCAAGAAAAAAAAACCUGUCUGACAGAUUUACGUUUGGAAAAUGCUUGUUGUGAUCCAGUACAACACUCUCUGGUAUCUUUGGCUUCUUCCCAGAAGCCUUCUAUACCCAUGGAACAGCAAGGUGAUGACCAAGUUAUAAAACCCAACAAGUCUAACUCAUUGAUAUGGACUGAUAACACUUCUGCAUUGGAUUGCCUUCAAAGCCUUGUUAAUUAUGACAGUUCAGACGAUUCUGAAUUGGAAUCAGUGGGAAAGGAGUGUUUGGCAAACAUGAAGCAGAUGCCUUCAAACAAUCAAGGCAGUACAAAGAUAAGGGAAACUGUUUGUAUGGACGUACAUGACAAACCCCAUACACUUGAACCUAAAGUGUUGCCCCUGAAACAAAAAAGUUCUAAUCCCUUGUCACUCGGGGUAUGUAAUAUGUCUCCAAAUAACCCUGUGCCUGUAGAAAGAAUGCUUCUCAAAUCAGUGAAAUGUCUGGAAGAACUGCAAAAAGCAAUUUCUAGGUUACAGAGAAGAAACCUUUUCCCAUACAACCCAGCUGCAUUGUUGAAACUAUUGAGUCACAUUGAGACAACCAAUAAAAGCAUGAAUCUACUAUAAGACAAUGAAGUGCUAUUGUUGACAUUUUGAAGUGAUUUCACACUAGUAUGUGAUGGAAUGUUUCCACAAGAAGAGUGUACAUGCUCAGAGAUACAUUCCUUUUGGACCUAUCAGCGUGUUUAGACCAAGCAGGCUCAACGGGCUGCCAACUGACACUUUUGAAAAGACAAAUCUGCAGCGGUGUUUAAGUACUCAACCUGUUGUUUCAUGGUCCCAAACUUAUUUAUGGUACGUAUGACAGAGUGAGGGUGAGUUACUGGGUAUUAGCAAAUUUAACAAUAAAUUGAUUAUUCACAGAAAGACAUAAUAAAGUACUUCCAUUUGAAGUGUAAGGUGUAAUUCUUCCUAAUGUCAUUCUAAUAUCAUAAGAGCCAACUAGAUUGCAAUGAUAAUUCCAGGCUCAAGUACUUAGCACAGCUAUGUAAGCUCUUUGGGGCAAGGUUCGUCUGUUCUGUGUUUGUAAUGCCACAGGGCCUAGGAGCCUUAGUCACGGACCAGGACCCCGUUGUGCUAGGUGAUGUACAAACCAAAAAUUAUAUCCCAUUCCUCCACUUCUGUGAUUUUAAUGCUAAGUUAUAUUUAUUGUUUCGCUUUUUGGCCUUUUCUGUAGGUCUGAUCAGCUAGUAGCAUAGCACUUUUAUCGGUCCAAAUUGGAAUUGAUAAUGUCACUAAAAACUGAGUUUAAAAUUAAUGCCUAAAACAUAAUCAGGUGCAUUCCUUUUAAAAAAAAAAAAAAAAAAAAAAGUUGAACUAGUAUAUAAAUUCCCUAUUUAAAUGAAAAUUUGUUAAUGCAGCAUUAAAUUUAAAAUCAAAAUUGUGCAAUGCACAAGUAAAAUUUCAAUGGCAAUGCUUAUGGAGGUGCAUUAAUAUAUAGGGUGUUAUGUUAUAAAAUGCAUAGCACCGUAGCAUAUUAAAAUACACCAAUUAUUAAAAAAUGGAUAACUGGCUUGAAUUGCAAAUAUACCAUGUAAACAUUACUAUUAGAACAAAUCUUCUGCAUUUACUCACUACCUGUGAUUAACUGACUAAUCUCACUGUUGCUAAUGGCUGUGUUAAUGCAUUUAAAUUGCUUAAUGUUAUGCAUAAUGUUAUAAUUUUAUAUAUAUUUUAAAUACUGCCAGUUGGGCAAUAUCUUUCACAUAUUAAUGAAGUAAGAAGGGUGGGUGGAUAAAUUUCCUGUUUGGCAGGUGCCAAUUUUCUAUCAGUUUACUCUAGCUACAAUGACUAGCUUCACAACUUAAAAAAUUUUUUUUUUUUUUUUUAAAUGGAAGCUUAGAAUUUUCAGGAUAUUGUAGAAUGCAGCAAAAUUGGAGAGGCCCUACAUUUUGGGAUUAUUUUUUUUUAAAGAUUGUGUUACUAGUAUAUAAAAAUAAUUCAUUGCUAAAUUGUGUAGAAAUGAGAAUUUUUUUUACCCCUGCUGCAAUAAAAAUGGCUGCAGACGGUUUGUUCAAACUUUCCAGACCAGAUUUCACCUUUUGAGGCUGAAAUUUUCCAUGCUUGGCCUUUGCCCGACAUUGAAUCUUGCACAUAGUUAGGAAUGGGUGAAAAUGGGAGUGAUGGGGGCCCCGCCAGGGGCUUUCCCUGCACAAGCGGCGCCCCUUGUUUGGGAACCACUGCUCUAUAAGCAAUAUCGUAAGUGCCAUAGUAUCCUGGGGAGGAUCUGGAUGUAAGAAUUAAUAAAAUGUGCUGUAAUUACUUGCCUCCUUACUAUUAAAAGCUGUUACAGUGCAUGCAUCUCUUUAAGAAUAGGUAUUAAUUUCUAGAACUCUACUGGAAAUCUGUCUAAAUCCAGGACACUUGUGGUUCUUUGUGGACUCUUUCUGCCAAUAUUUCUACUUUUCCACAUUUUAUUUUUUUGUUCUCCCAUUAUGGGUUGGAGAAUUCUUCUUGAAUUCAUCUACAGUAGAACAAUUUUCUUGGCAAAUUUGUGAAUAAAAAGCCUGACAUGG